AUGCCAGCAAUUAUGACAAUGUUAGCAGACCAUGCAGCUCGCCAGCUGCUGGAUUUCAACCAGAAAUUGGAUAUCAAUCUCUUGGACAACGUGGUGAAUUGCUUGUACCAUGGAGAAGGAGCACAGCAAAGAAUGGCACAAGAAGUCUUGACUCACUUAAAAGAACACCCUGAUGCAUGGACAAGAGUUGAUACUAUUUUGGAGUUCUCUCAGAAUAUGAACACCAAAUAUUAUGGGCUGCAAAUCUUGGAAAAUGUGAUUAAAACAAGAUGGAAGAUUCUUCCAAGGAACCAGUGUGAAGGAAUAAAAAAGUAUGUUGUUGGCUUAAUUAUCAAGACCUCAUCUGAUCCAACAUGUGUAGAAAAAGAGAAAGUAUAUAUUGGAAAACUGAAUAUGAUUCUUGUUCAGAUUCUGAAACAGGAAUGGCCCAAACACUGGCCAACAUUUAUAAGUGAUAUUGUAGGGGCAAGCAGAACAAGCGAGAGUCUUUGCCAAAACAAUAUGGUGAUCCUUAAACUGUUGAGUGAAGAAGUGUUUGAUUUCUCUAGUGGACAGAUAACUCAAGUAAAAGCUAAGCAUUUGAAGGAUAGUAUGUGCAAUGAGUUCUCGCAGAUAUUUCAGCUGUGUCAGUUUGUGAUGGAAAAUUCUCAAAAUGCUCCCCUUGUCCAUGCAACUUUGGAGACUUUAUUACGGUUCCUUAACUGGAUUCCAUUGGGAUACAUAUUUGAGACCAAGCUAAUCAGCACAUUAAUAUACAAGUUUUUAAAUGUUCCCAUGUUUCGAAAUGUCUCUUUGAAGUGCCUCACAGAGAUUGCAGGUGUCAGUGUAAGCCAAUAUGAAGAACAGUUCGUAACUCUCUUUACACUGACCAUGAUGCAGUUAAAACAGAUGCUUCCUUUAAAUACAAAUAUCCGGCUUGCAUACUCCAAUGGAAAAGAUGACGAACAGAACUUCAUUCAGAAUCUCAGUUUAUUUCUCUGCACAUUUCUUAAGGAACAUGGUCAACUUAUAGAAAAGAGAUUAAAUCUGAGGGAAACCUUAAUGGAGGCUCUUCACUACAUGUUGCUUGUGUCAGAAGUUGAAGAAACUGAAAUUUUCAAAAUCUGUCUUGAAUACUGGAAUCAUUUGGCUGCUGAACUUUAUAGGGAGAGCCCCUUUUCAACAUCUGCUUCUCCAUUGCUUUCGGGAAGUCAGCACUUUGAUGUUCCUCCUAGGAGACAGCUUUAUCUGCCUGUGCUGUCCAAGGUCCGGCUGUUGAUGGUUAGCCGCAUGGCAAAACCGGAAGAAGUGCUAGUUGUGGAAAAUGAUCAGGGGGAAGUUGUGCGAGAAUUCAUGAAGGACACAGAUUCCAUAAACUUGUACAAGAAUAUGAGAGAAACGCUGGUUUAUCUUACACAUCUGGAUUAUGCUGAUACUGAGCGAAUAAUGACAGAAAAACUUCAUAAUCAAGUCAAUGGAACAGAAUGGUCAUGGAAAAAUUUGAAUACUCUGUGUUGGGCUAUAGGCUCAAUUAGUGGAGCAAUGCAUGAAGAAGAUGAAAAAAGAUUUCUUGUUACAGUAAUUAAGGACCUUUUGGGACUCUGUGAACAAAAGCGAGGGAAAGAUAACAAAGCUAUCAUUGCAUCAAAUAUCAUGUAUAUAGUAGGUCAAUAUCCACGUUUUUUGAGAGCGCACUGGAAAUUUUUGAAGACGGUAGUUAACAAGCUGUUUGAGUUCAUGCAUGAAACUCAUGAUGGCGUCCAGGACAUGGCUUGUGAUACCUUCAUAAAAAUAGCACAGAAAUGCCGCCGACAUUUUGUUCAGGUCCAAGUGGGAGAAGUCAUGCCAUUUAUUGACGAGAUACUGAAUAAUAUUAAUACAAUCAUUUGCGACCUUCAGCCACAACAGGUUCAUACAUUCUAUGAAGCUGUUGGAUACAUGAUUGGGGCACAGACUGACCAAACUGUACAAGAGCAUCUGAUAGAAAAAUACAUGUUGCUCCCUAAUCAAGUGUGGGACAGUAUAAUUCAACAAGCAACAAAAAAUGUUGAUAUUCUAAAGGAUCCUGAAACAGUUAAACAGCUGGGUAGCAUCCUGAAAACAAAUGUAAGAGCAUGUAAAGCAGUCGGCCACCCCUUUGUGAUUCAGCUUGGAAGAAUUUAUUUAGAUAUGCUGAAUGUAUACAAGUGCCUAAGUGAAAACAUUUCUGCAGCUAUUCAGGCAAAUGGUGAAAUGGUUACAAAGCAACCUUUGAUUAGAAGUAUGAGGACAGUAAAAAGGGAAACUUUAAAAUUAAUUUCUGGUUGGGUGAGCAGGUCCAAUGAUCCUCAGAUGGUAGCUGAAAAUUUUGUUCCUCCCCUGUUGGAUGCAGUUCUUAUUGAUUACCAGAGAAACGUUCCAGCUGCUAGAGAACCUGAAGUACUCAGUACAAUGGCUAUCAUUGUAAACAAGCUUGGGGGACAUAUUACUGCUGAAAUACCUCAGAUAUUUGAUGCUGUUUUUGAAUGCACGUUAAAUAUGAUCAAUAAGGACUUUGAAGAAUAUCCUGAACAUAGAACAAACUUUUUCUUACUACUCCAAGCAGUAAAUUCUCAUUGCUUUCCAGCAUUCCUGGCCAUUCCACCUGCACAGUUCAAACUAGUUUUGGAUUCUAUUAUUUGGGCCUUUAAACACACAAUGAGAAAUGUUGCAGAUACAGGCCUUCAGAUACUGUAUACGCUAUUACAAAACGUUGCGCAAGAGGAAGCUGCUGCCCAGAGUUUUUAUCAGACUUAUUUCUGUGAUAUUCUUCAGCAUAUUUUCUCUGUUGUCACAGACACGUCACACACAGCUGGUUUGACAAUGCAUGCAUCAAUACUUGCAUAUAUGUUCAAUUUAGUAGAAGAAGGAAAAAUAAGUACUCCCUUAAACCCCGGAAAUCCCGUAAACAACCAAAUGUUUAUUCAGGAGUAUGUUGCUAAUCUUCUUAAAUCUGCAUUUCCUCAUCUGCAAGAUGCACAGGUUAAGCUAUUUGUAACAGGACUCUUCAGUUUAAAUCAGGAUAUUCCUGCAUUCAAAGAACAUCUAAGGGAUUUCCUAGUCCAAAUUAAGGAAUUUGCAGGUGAAGACACAUCUGACUUAUUCUUGGAAGAAAGAGAAACAGCUCUUCGACAGGCUCAAGAGGAAAAACAUAAACUUCAGAUGUCUGUCCCUGGCAUCCUUAAUCCACAUGAAAUUCCUGAGGAAAUGUGUGAUUAAAAAUCAUAAAACAAGUGUUUCUUCAGAUGGUGAUAAGGUGAAGUCUAGGACUAAGUGUAGCUUUCUGUUGUGGUUUGCCAAUUGAGCAUCAUCUGCAGUGACCAGAUAAUGUUUAACUUUCUAAACAAGUAAUAAAUACAUUGUAGAGGAUUCUAAAGUAGUGACACGUUUGGCAUAGACAAAUAGCCCACUUGUACAGGCUUUUAUAGAGCUAUGGACUAGAAAAACCUCAUUGCUGCUGUGCAAACUCUACAGUCAAAUAUCUUUAUUUAAGAGAAACGUGCCGUUAUAUUAAACUGAUGGCAUCAUCUGAGUGCUGGCUCAGGGUUGGUCAGUGAAGAGCAGAAACAAGGGAAUGGUAAUGAAACUAGUUGUGGUAAUGUGAAAAUGACUUCCACAUUUUUCAGUUCAGUUUAAAAAAAAAACAAAACAAAACUACAGGACUACGUCUUUCCAGUUGGGAUUGAGACAAGACUGCUUCCAUAAUGCCACUUUUUCACACGCUAACUUUUGCAACAAAGUCAAACCUGUAGGUGUUCCACAGACUGCAUCCUACUGUGAAAAAAAAGUAAAUGGGAUAAAUAAGGAAGGAGUUAUCUGUUUGUGUAUGCAUCUAAUACAUCCAGCACACUUCUGCAUCAGGCUGGUUGAAAUUCAAAUUCUUAAUGUGUUCUGGCUCCAACUUCCUAUUAACCUAGAAAAUCCACAGCCGUCUUAAUUUGUCUUCACAAGGACUGGUGCCUUUAACUGUUCUCUACGGGUCCAAGAAGUAUGUAGAACUAUUGUGCAUACAGCCUUGUUAAGUCAUUUUAUAUCUAUAUUAAGAACAAAGCAACCUGGACAGGUGCAUAUUUAUAUUCAAGAAUAAUUGCAACAUACAGCUAAAAACAACCCGUUAUAAUGUAUGCUUUGAAUAAAAAAAGAAUAUGUAGAGCCAAAUGUGUAAACUGUCAUACAUUUUAUAAACAGAUUAAUUUAUAUAUGGAAACAAUUAGACUUUGCAUAUUUCUAUAAAAUGAUAUUUUUUUCAAAAAUACUAAUUUGCUGUAUGCUUAUACACACAUCGUAUGUCUAUACCUUCUUAGGGCUUGUCUUCACAUGAGUUUUUACCCAAGUUAUUUACUGAUUUUAAGUGGUUUACAUUUUUUAGUAAAAGCUGAUGUGCACACUCCCUAAAUAUCCGUUUCAAGCUACUGUAUUUAUUAGUGUAAGCUGAAGCAAAAUUACUUUCCAAACCUUUUCUUUUUUUCCCUUUUUUAUUUAGGUGAUAGUUUGUGUACACUAAUCUGUUAAGCAUUGAUUUUAAAAUGUCCUCAUUUUCAAUAAAGUUAAGAUUUAUGCUGAACGUCAUGUUUUAGAAACACUUGUCUCCAUGGAAUGUAGAAGGGGAGCAGCCCAGUCAUUUUGAGCAACAGACAGGAAAACUUCAGACCCCAGACCUUGUUACAAACAACAGAACUAUAAAAGGAAAAUACUGCAUUGGCAAAAUGUGGAAAGUGAAAAUCCAUUGAUUAGCUAAUGACACACUGCGGUAAAAUGCCAUGAGUACAGUAAGGUAGUUUACAGUCUGGAACAUGCUGAGACUUCUUGCAAAUACUGGAAAUAACUUGGACUUUGUUUGGAACAUGGUUGCACAACUUAAUGCCCCUUCCACUAUGAUCUUUGUUUCUAGAUAGAGUAGAUGUCUUGUCCUGUCCUAUCCUUUGUUUUAUGAGUUGAAGUGUUAACAAUGAUUUUUUUUUUUUUUUUGGGUGCUGCAAAAUGCUCACCUUCCACCCACUCUCCCCAUCUCCCUUAGGAACUGAAAUUUUACAGAAUUCUAGUUUCUGAAGGUUGCUGUCUUCAUAGCUGAGAUGUCCCUUACAGACAUCUUGGUAAUACCAGAUGAAAGAUUUAUUUCCAGAAAAAAGAGAUGAGUAAAAGCUCCCUUUAAGCAGUUCACUAGUUGGGCAAAGGGGCUUAAUGGGAUCACAUUUGAGUCUCUAAAAGGGCAAUCAGUAAUCAGAAGUGUUGCCAUAUGCCAGUAUUUUCACUUCAAAAUAGAAAAUGAUGAAAUCUUACUGUUGAUAAUACAUCCACAAAGUGGAUUUGGAGAUUAAAAAGAAUUGGGGAUUAAAUGGGGAAGCUAAAAAAUAGUGAUCAGGAAUUACACAAAAAUUGGGAGUUACAGACAAAUGGCUGGAGAGGGAAGUUUGUUGAUGAUUUCCUCCCAAAUUGUAGUAUAGAUUCUCUGAACAAGUAAUAUGAGAUCGGGGGACUCCCUGAUGUAUAUUUAAAUGGGAGUUUUACACAGGUGAUGAACCCAGUUAAAAUGUUUGGUAUGUUAGGCAGAGGUGGGUUAUCAGGAGCAUGUUGCUCCUGUGUCUUCCUUGGCUUGCAGUAGCUUUCCAGGUGCAAUUCAAGGAGAUGAUUUUGACCCAUAAAGCUCUGAGCAGUAGCUUGGUCCUUGCAUUCCUAAGGGAUUGCUAUCUCCCUAAUGUUCUAUUGGGAUCUGCAAGAUUGUCCAAAAACAACCUCCUGCUAGUACCAUCUGUGCACCACAAGUUCAGUGAAAACGUGGGAGGUUAUUAUCAGUAGUUGCUCCUCUGCUCCUGAGUUCCUCCUUUGUGGUCCAUCAGAGCCUGGAUGGAUCUCAGUAUGUUCCAGAAGUGUAAGAUGCUUUUAUUUGGGCUGGUCUUUAGCAGGCAGGGUUAAGUUACAACAUUGUCUAAGGCUACGUUGUAUAAGAGGAGGAGAGGAUAUAAAUCUAAUAAAUAA